GGUCUGGCUGCUAACCGCUAACCGUCACUAGCUGCUGCAGAGAUUGUCAUGUAGCUACCUUAACACUCACUCAUUUACCAAUGAAGGAGCUUCCAAACUGAGAUUGGGGAGAUGGGAUUACGAAAUAUCACUGACGAGUCUCCAUUGGUCCAGGCUAUAUUCAGCCGAAAUGCUGAGGAAGUCACAUUGUUGCUGUGUCAUAAGGAAAAUGUCGAUUCACUGGACCAAGAACAAAGCAGCCCCCUGCAUGCAGCUGCUUAUUUGGGUGAUAUCGUCAUUAUGGACCUUCUUAUCACUUCAGGUGCAAGUGUCAAUGCUAAGGACCAAGGUUGGCUGACUCCUCUGCACAGAGCAGCUGCCUCACGAAAUGAAAAAGCUGUAGGGCUGCUUCUGAAGCGAGGAGCAGAGGUCAACUCGCAGGACAAAUUGUGGCAUACACCGUUACACGUGGCAGCCGCAAACUGGGCCACGCGCUGCGCAGAGGCCAUGAUAUCACACAUGUGCAGUGUGAAUAUCGCUGAUAGGUCAGGAAGGACAGCCCUGCAUCAUGCAGCACACAGGGGCCAUGGAGAGAUGGUGAAUUUGCUUCUGAACAAAGGGGCCAAUGUGAGUGCCACUGAUAAGGAGGAAAGGCAGCCAAUUCACUGGGCUGCAUACCUUGGACAUGUGGAGGUUGUGAAGCUGCUGGUGUCUCACAGGGCUGAUGCGAUGUGCAAGGACAAACAUGGAUACACUCCACUCCAUGCUGCAGCUGCCAGCGGCCAGUUAGACGUGGUCAAAUAUCUGUUGAGACUGGGGGUGGAGAUUGAUGAGGCCAACGCCUUUGGGAACACGGCGCUCCACAUGGCCUGCCACACAGGGCAGGAGGCUGUGGCCGGGGAGCUGGUGAACUGCGGUGCCAAUGUCAGCCAGCCCAACCACCAUGGCUACACGCCACUGCAUCUGGCUACUGUCUCCUCCAAUGGGGCGCUCUGCCUGGAGCUGCUAAUCAACAACGGUGCUGAUGUCAAUGUGCAGAGUAAAGAAGGGAAGAGCCCUCUGCAUAUGGCUGCUAUUCACGGGCGUUUUACACGAUCCCAGAUCCUUAUCCAAAAUGGUGGCGAGAUUAACUGUGUUGAUGUGUACGGUAACACUCCUCUUCAUGUUGCUGCUAGGUAUGGUCACGAGCUAUUGAUCAGCACCUUGAUGACAAAUGGUGCUGACACAUCCAGGCAAGGGAUUCAUGGGAUGCUUCCACUACAUUUGGCUGUGCUCUACGGCUUCUCAGACUGUUGUCGCAAGUUGCUAUCCUCAGGUCAGCUGUACAACAUGGUGCCGUCUCUGACCGGCAGCAGCUCACUGCCAGCUGGGUUUGAUAUAAACACCCCAGAUAACCUAGGGCGGACCUGCCUGCAUGCUGCUGCCUCUGGAGGAAAUGUUGACUGUCUCAACUCCCUGUUAAAUAGUGGCGCUGACUUGAGUAUAAAGGAUAAUUUGGGAAGGGGUCCUCUGCACUACGCUGCAGCCAAUGGGAACAGCCAGUGCACCAUUGCCCUGGUGAGAGCUGGAGCUGAGGUCAAUGAGCUCGACCUGACAGGCUGCAGCCCUCUGCACUAUGCAGCUGCUUCACACACCUUCCGUGGAGCGGACAGACAUGACUCUGACACCAACUGCAGUGAGGAGAAGGAAGAGGAGGCCUUUUUAUGUUUAGAGUAUCUGCUCGACAAUGGGUCAAAUCCAACUCUGAAGAAUGGCAAGGGGUACAGUGCUGUCCACUAUGCAGCAGCUUAUGGGAACAAGCAGCACCUUGAAUUGCUCCUGGAGAUAUCUUUUAACUGCCUCGGAGAAGUUGAAAGUAAUGUUCCAGUCAGUCCAUUGCACUUAGCUGCGUACAAUGGUCACUGUGAGGCGCUGCGUUUACUGUCUGAGACAUUAGUGAGUUUGGACGUGCGUGACAUUGAGGGCCGCACUGCCCUGCACCUCGCGGCCCAGAGGGGCUUCACCCAGUGUGUGGAGGUGCUGCUCAAACACCAAGCCUCUUGCACACUCAAGGACUACAAACAUAAAUGGACUCCUCUCCACACUGCAGCUGCUGAAGGCCAGAUGGACUGCCUGCUCAUUCUGGUGAAUAGGAAGGAGAUGGCAGACAUCAUCGACAGCACAGAUGACCAGGGACAGACGGCUCUUAUGUUGGCGGCUCUGGGCAGUCACACAGAUUGUGUCCACAUCCUGUUGGAGAAAGGAGCUCAGGCGGAUGCCGCUGACAGGAAGGGUCGCACUGCCUUACACAGAGCAGCCAUGGUGGGUAGUGAAGACUGCAUAUGUGCUCUCUUAGAACAUGGGGCUUCAGCUUUAUGCAGGGAUUCUCAGGGAAGGACCCCAAUGCACCUUGCAGCGUCUUGCGGCCACACAGAGCUCCUCCGCAGUUUGCUAAACGCCGCCACGCAAGCCGAUUCCCUGGACUCCAUGCUGGACUACAGUGGCUACACACCCACACACUGGGCUGCAUACCAUGGGCAUGAGCGCUGUUUAGACAUUUUACUUGAAAAGAAGCUAUUCAGUGUCCAGGAAGGUAAUCCCUUCACCCCAUUGCACUGUGCUUUGAUUAAUGGCCAUGAUGGUGCUGCUGAACUUUUAGGAAAGACUGUUGGGACUCAAAUGGUUAACAUUAGAGAUACCAAAGGAAGGACCCCGCUGCAUGCAGCUGCUUAUUCUGAAAAUGUGGCUGGGCUCCAGCUCGUCCUGGCUCAGGGGGCAGAGGUUAAUGCUGUGGACCAUUCUGGACGCUCUGCUCUUAUGGUGGCCGCUGAGUGUGGACACAACGUGGCUGUUGAGCUCUUGCUGCACCAGGCUAAGCCAGACCUGAACCUGCUGGAUGCCAAUGAUAACACCGCCCUUCACUUAGCUUGCAGCAAGGGUCAUGAGAUGUGCGCCCUGCUGAUCCUUGGAGAAAUCAGUGACUCUUCCCUCAUAAAUGCAGCAAACAGCGCACUCCAAAUGCCUCUUCACAUUGCAGCAAGGAAUGGCCUGGCGACUGUAGUGCAGGUACUGCUCAGCAGAGGAGCAGCUGUAAUGGCCGUAGAUGAGAAGGGCCACACACCAGCCUUGGCCUGUGCCCCUAACAAGAAUGUGGCUGACUGUCUGGCCUUGAUCCUCUCUACUAUGAAGCCUUUCCCUCCCAGAGAAGCCAGUACUGUCACAACCUCCCACUUGAACCCUAUACUUAAGCAGCGGGGCAUGGCUGUCACCUGCGGGUCCUUGGCCAAUGGCAAGCUAGGCCAUACCUACGUGAAGGAUUGCCAAAACACAGUUGGUGUGCAUGGAUGUCUGACUGAGUGAAAUCCCAUCCCAGUGUAGCUCUAAACGAUUUAGGCAGAGCAUCUAAUCGUUCUCGUACACUUCCUGUCGGGCAUCGAUGGAACCAGAAUUGGAAAAACCAAAAGUCAUUUCACUUAAUGAUUCCCAUAAUCAGUUCCCAGGUUUGUGGGUUUGUUGUUGUUCUUCCUGUUUGCAUCGGGAUGUACAAGACGUCAUGCUUGGGACUGUGGCAAGAAACCGCUCUAGUGUGAUUCAGUUCGUUUGAACAGAUAAUGCCUUAUUUUGUCCUCAAACUACCCUCUUUGAAUAGUGACUAAGUUCCCAACAGGGACUUCUGAGCAAAUGUUGAAUUUUGUAAAAGCUCGGGCAGAAGACAAGGAUCUUGACCAAACAUUAAGCAGCAGAAGAAUAUAAAGCCUCUUUCACACAGAGUUCCACAUAUAUUACUUGGAUAACCUGUCAGGCACUGCUAGUGGUUUUCACUAUUCACACAUGCAGCUACUUUCAGGAACAUUUCUGUCUUGCGCCUUUUCACACAUGUGAUGGCAAUGCUGGAAUAGAUGGGUCAAGGGACAGCCCAGCAGAUGGCGUUAAGACAACUGUUCUGGAUGCCAACCGCCAUGAAUUUCAACAGAAGAAGAAAAAGAUGGGACAAGGCCAGAUGUACAUAUUAUUUUCAGCAACAUGGUGGGCGAGGAGCUGUUCGUGUCCGGUUUCCUGUCCAAUUUCCAGCCAUUCAAAAAAUAAUUCGUAUUGCAGUUAUCAAAUCACCUGCGAGGCAAAGCAACCAUAAACAAAGUUGCGGAUUCAAAUAAGUUAUCAUUGGAGUCUUGUGAUUGGUUUGAUUGGUUUCUCCACGUGAAAAUGUCUUGGUCAGAAGGAUGUAACCUUUAACAUGCCCUUCCCUGCAAUGUUACUGCUUCUGUUCACAACACAGCCUUACCGGCAUUUUCCCUGAAAUGUUACCAGGCCUUUAGGCAGGAAAUUGGCGGUACACAUUGAUCCCUGCUCCCAGCCACACACGACCCCAUGCAGGAAGUGUUCCUGAACAUUUCAGCAAGGGACAGCACGUGUGUAUUAUUUUUUUGAUUAUCAAUGCACACUGGAUGACAUUGUGAACUUGAGCUUUCUUGAUAAUCACAGAAAAACGCAACAAAAGUGUGGAAGUGCUGAGGAGCAAAACCACUAAAGUGAAUCUGAAUUGGACAUGCACGUGCAGUGGACUUUUUAUCGCUCUGUGAAAAGUUUGCUCCAUUUUGGGAAUUGACAAAGGGAAUCAUUAGGAAUCAAAGCAAUAAGAGGGAGCCGUUAUUCAUCAGCAUUACAAAGAUCAAAUCAAUUCCCAACUCUGCAUACAGCCAAGGGCAAGUAUGUGUGUGCACGUAUGCACCUGUAUGUGUGUUGGAGUGCGUUUCUGCAUAUAGGCAUUGCUUCCUUGUCUCAUUACUUGUAAAUAUAACAGGUGCUGUAAAACUUUAAUUCUAUUGAGAUAACUCUAUUUUGUCCUGAAUUAUUAUCAUGACCUUGAAAACUUACACUACGUUGUAGUUUUGUUGAAAUAAUAGAUAACUUUUACUUGUACAAAAAAAUCUAAGCUUGCAAAUCCCAAAUGACUGAGAAUUUUUCUCAGGUGGCACAAAUUAUGGCUUCUGUGUGUACUGUACUGUAGUCGCAAUAUAAAGCACAUCUUGAGCUGGACCUCACUCAAAAAAAAAAAAAAAAAAAAAGGAAUAUAUAACUGAAGAAGUAAAGCGAGGAGGAGGAGGAGAGGAAAUGUAAA